AUGCUUAUCAAAAUUUGCAUUCUUUUUGGACUUGCUAUAAGUCAAUUUACAAUUGUGCCAAUUAUAUACAGCAAAAAUACAUCUCCUUUACUGGUUGCAUAUUUCAAGAGCUUAGAAUGCUCAUCUGAAAACAAAGGUGGCUGCAAAUUAAAUUUACCAUUCCGGUUCACUCUAUAUGAGAUUAGUGAUCUAUCAGAUAUUGAAAAAAUCUUUGAAUACUCAGAAUUUCUGCUUAUUUAUGAUGCAGUUUCAUCAUUAGGGAUGUCAUCACUAAUAAACACGUAUGCAAGAAGUUUAGGAUUCCUUCAAGUCAUUAUUGGCUACCCUUUAGGCAUAACACUGCAGCAUGCGUUUUAUUCCGAUUAUCAGCUAAGUGAGUAUGCAAACGCAGCAUUAUACAUAGCUAAGUCUUAUAAUAUAAAAAAGGCUAUAGCACUUAUUAGCAGUGAAUUUGCUGAAAUGAAUUUUAAGAACAAUAAAGGCAUAGAAAUAGUCGGACAGUUUAUACUCCCUCAAACCGCGACUUUUGAUUAUAUUUUUUGACUAAUUUCAAAAAAAAUAAAGCCAUUAGGUGUUAAAUGAUUUUUCUUUAAAACAAACAAAGCGAUUUCUUUAUUAAUUCAACAAGCCUUAAUUAAAGCUGAUAUGAACAAAAUUGGCUUUACGUACGUGUAUAUACAAGAAGCAGCUUGAGGAGCUCAUUUAGAAGGGUCGAUUCUAUUAGAGUCAAAAUGAUUUCACAGCACUGGUAUGUUUAAUUAUGUUGAUAAUAUUAUGCAUUUUGGCUCUGUAGUCAUUUAUAGUACCAUAAUGAAUAAUCAAAACCAAGGAUCAUAUUCAGGAUGAAUUGUUGAUAGUCUUAUAAAGGUGUUCAGCAACCCUGCAACAUUGGGGUAUACUAUUUGAAAUGUCCAAAAUGGAAAUGUUAAAGCAGUCGGAAUAAUAAAUCAAAAAGGAGUCCAAAUAUCGUCGCCUAUAUUAUUUCCUGGAGGAAUUUAUGACAUACCAAAUAAUAACAAAAUAAAGAUACCUAUAAGUAUCAGCGGAAUCGCCUAUAAAGAUAAUGAAAUUAAUUGGAUAAGCCAAUUAGGAAUUAUAUUAGCUAUAGAUAGAAUAAGAGCAGAAGGGAAAUUAUUACAAAAUUUUGAUAUUCAGGUUAAUAAUACAACCGAUUGCAGCUAUAUUGAUGAUAAUUCAACUUAUAAAUGCUUAUCAGAACACUUAGAUGACUUAGGAUGCUUUCAUAUUCCCAGGUUAGAAACAUCGGCAGUCCUUGAAACAAUAAAAGUUUUUAAAGAGAAUAAUAUUUCGACACCAAUUAUAGGAGUACAAACAUCGACCAUAAUGAGUAACUCUGAGUAUUAUCCACAAUAUGCAAGAGUUUCAUAUCCAAAUUCACGCACAGCAUCAGCAGCUGCGCUUAUUUUAAGUGUUUUUGGUAUUUCUAAAUGCUCUUUAUUAUAUUCAGAUUCUCAAUGAGGCGAAGACUUCAGUAGAGAAUUCAAAAAUCAGACUGAUUAUUAUGGAAUAAAAAUUUUAAACAAAAACAGAAUAGUUCCACUAGGAUUUAAAAGCAGGGAUAAAAAAAUAAUACAAGAAAUUAUUGAUCUUAAAACUAGAUAUGUAAUUCUGGAAGUGCAAUGGCCUGAUAUUUUAUAUGUAGUCGAAGCGUUUUAUGAUUUAGGUAUGCGAGAGGGCGAUAUUUAUUUGCUUGUUGGUGAUGGAAUGAUAAGUGUAUCUGAUUUGGAUGAAAAGUUAAUUGGAAGUAUUUCAUACACAAAAAGGAAAGAAAUUAUGAGCGGGCUUAUCUAUAUAAGCUUCUUAAUUCUUCAUUAUAUAAUAGCAAAAUUAGUAUUAAAAAAAUUUUUUUUUAUUUAAUCAAAAGUGAAUUUUUGUAUUUUAUAUAACUAUAAAUAGGGAUGGAAUAAGGUAAAUAAAAUUAUUGAAGAUAUUAUUUUAUAGCACAAAACAGCUUUAGUUCAUAUUGGGCCAUCAACUUUCCCUCUAACUCAUGUUGUUAGCUUGGAAUCAAAGCUGCUAAACCAUCAUGAGUUGGAGGGAAAGCUGAUAGCCGAGGAGAUCUUGGGCUAUUAUGAUUGUUUUUAAUUUAAAUAAUGAGAGAGUUAGCAUUCGAAAACCAAUUAGGCCUUGAACUGAAAAAUAAAAUAGAAUUAGAGCACGGUUUCAUCUAUGACUAUAUGUGCUUAUUUUAUGAUGCUGUGCAUGUCGGAAUUCAUACAAUCGAUGCGUUAAUAAAUUGAGGAAUUAAUUAUGAUAGUUCUGCAAUUCAAAAGUCAGUUAGGGAAGUAGUUUUUACAGGAUGCUCAGGAGUAAUUAGGCUUAACAAAGAUGGAAAUGAUAAACUUACAGCUAUUUUAGGGAUUUAUAACUUAUUACAGGAUAAUUCUACCUGAAUAAUGAAUCUUUCUGGGAUUUAUGAUCCAAGUCAACUUAUUGUGCUUCAAAUAAGGCAUCCUCUUUCAUGAAAUGAAAAUGGUGAUGUUCCCAGUGAUAUAAUAGGAGAUGACCAGAAAUGUCCAUUUAGAAAUAUUUUAGUUCAGUCAUUUCUUUCUGGAUAUUUUAUAUUGAUAAUAAUAGAAAUCAUCCCGAUAAUAAUUGGGACUAUUUUCGCAAUAAAAUUUUACAAUAGUAUAUUUUUGAAACAAUAUUCAAAUCUAAUUACAGUAAAAAAGGAAAAUUUAUUUGAUAUUAUUUCUUAUUUGAUCAUUUUGAUUGAAUGUUUACAAUAUAUGCAAGUUGGGCCUGAUUUCCAAAGCUUUUUUCCUAGCUCUUUAAAGAAAAAAAUUAACGUUAAAAUUUUUUUAAUUUUUCAAGCUUUAUUUAUAAAAAAAAAUUUUAAAAAUAAGCCAAAAUGAAUAAUUUCUUAUAAAAAUGGGGGAAAAAUUCAAAGAUAGUUAUAAAAACGAAGAGAGCUUUGUAAGUUAAAUAAUGUUACUAGGUUUACAACUCUUGAUAUAAGAGGGUUCUUUCAAAAAGGAUCAAUAACAUUUUGAAAUUUGAUUGAGUUUUAUGAAGCUUUAGCAUUUGCAUGAUUUUUAUUAUUUUUUUGGAAAUUAUUAAAAUUAGGAAAAAAAUCGGAUAAUUUUUUUUUAAUGACUAUAAAUGAGCAGAGGUCUCGCGAGAAUAAUUUUUGGCAAAAUUUCUGGGUAAACAUUCAUACGAGAAAAAAUGCCAUGAUCAAAAUAUCUCAUAUACCCCAGGAUGCGUUGUAGAUUACCCUGGGCUAUUUCGUGAAUCGCCAUCAAAGGAGUUGGUGGCAACUUUUGGAGUCAACCAGCUUCAAAAGUUGACAAAUGCCAACUUGUGGAGUAGGUAUGGCAGCUUUUGAUGCCAUACCAACUUCACUUAUGAUAGUUCAGAACGAUCUAUAAUGCGUCCUGGGCUAUACACUAUAAAUGAGCUUACUCGCCCUCCUUUUAAAUUGAAAAAAAAAAAUCCUUGUUACAAUUUAAGAGGAGUUAAUUUUUUAUAUUAAAUUUUUCUCUAUAAAAAAAAUUGUUUAAAAUUAAAAAAAAGCUAAUCGAUUCAGUAUGGAAUUGUUUAAAUAGCAUUUUGCCUGCACAUUUUAUAUUAAAUUAGAUCAAGCUAAUUUUAUAAAAUUCGUCGUUUCACCUAUAAAGAUUUUCCUAUUGAAAAAUAAUUGUUCUAAUAUAAGAGUUAAAAAUUUACCUAUAUUUUGUCCCAAUUUAAAAGGGGGGAGUUAGCAUCUAUUUUUUGCCAAUUGUGGGUGAAAUAUUGUUUUUACCUCUCAACUUGUAUUUAUUUGAAACUUUUCAAUGCACCAGUAGCAUUGGAGAUAGCUUUAAAGAUAGUUUCAAUAAUCAAGACUGCUCAACAUUUUGCUGGCAAGGAGAGCAUAUGUAUUAUGUGAUUAUUUCUUGAUUAGCCAUUAUUGUUUAUAGCUUGAGCCUUCAUUUAGAUUAUCAGAUAAAUAUUUUUCAAAAGACAAUUUUUGCAAUACUGCCAACCUUAUUUUUCUUUUUGAAAAUUUCAAAAACUCUUAUAUUCUCAGAUACUAAAAGCUGCUAUUUAUUUAAAAACUUACCUUUAGAAUCUAAACUAUAUCUCAAGCCAUACAUGCCUACAAGUGUAUAUUUUAGAUUUACAUGGAAAAAUGAGCUGCCAUUUCAUUUUCAGGAACAGCCUUUUCAUUGUUUUUUAAAAAGCAUUGUGCAAAUAUCUUUGGUUGCUCUGGUUACAAUAUUAAAUCCAGCCUCUGAAAAUAUUUUUUUAGGAUCAUGCAUUGGUUCAUUACUGCUAUACUUAAUAGUUUCAAUAAUAAAAAAGCCAUUAACUUAUGGCAGGGCUUCUCUAUGAUACAUAAUUUUUAUUGCUUGCAGUCUUUGGUUAUGAUGCUGCUGCGGAUUAGCAAAGAUAAAUAAAAUGCUUGGAAUAAUUGCUCUCAUAAUUGGCUGAAUAUUAUUAGCAAUAAUUGGAGCAAUUUAUCAAAAAUAUAAGUUACCUGCUUUAUUGAAAUCUGAAAAAGGUAUAGAUAUUAUUAAGCUCUUUAGGUUCCAGUUUCUAUCAAUUAGUCCUGAAACAGCUGGAAUUGCUAAGACUUCUUCGAUUAAAUAUCUUUAUGAUAAUGAAUUAUCUCAAAUUAAACAUAUAAAAAACAAUGUUCAGAAACCAAUAAAUAGUAUUUUCUCAGAAGAAGACAAUCUAAGAUCAAGUAUUCAGUUUUUAAAUAUCAGUCAUGAAUAUUUAGAAGGCGAAGUUAACUCGAGUUGGUGCGGAAAUGAUAUAACUCGUAAAUAA